GAAGGCAUCCACCUUCGACGAGUUGUCCUCGAGCUCUGUCCUCUUGGCCAUCAGCUGAUUCAACUCCGUCUCACAGCUCGCUACAAUCUCGCACAAGCAGUUGAAGCACAUUUUGAUCAGCACGGCAACAUCGAUGAUGCAUACAACUUCGUCGUGAAGCCAUGUCUCUGAGCCCCGAGGGACAUGCUGACCGUCAUAUCUGAACAACUUGGUUGUCUCACUCGCAUUCCGCUUCGAUCACCAAGGAAACUUAAUGACCUUAAUGAUGCCAUCUCUUUUUAUGAAGAAUCCCUGCACCUGUGCCCUAUUGAGGACGAAUCUCGUGAUUCCUCAUUAGACAACUUAGGGAGCGCCCUUGUCGCCCGCUUUACCAAACGUCGCAAUGUUGUAGACCUCACUCGAGCUAUCACCCUCCAUCGCGAGGCACUGUCAUUGCGUCUAGCUGGGCAUCCACUUCGUGACAACGCUCUUAACCACCUUGCCCUCGCGCUCCAACAGGAACAUGGCAUAUCACAUGCCAGCGAGGACCUUAAUGAGACCAUCAAUUUAUAUCACUAAAGUCUCCGGUCAACGCAGCUUGAUCCAGAGCGCUAUGUGACUCUUCAAAAUAUGAGUUCAGCGUUCAGCUCUCGUUUCAUGCAGACUCGGGAUAAUGAAGAUGUCGAGGAGGCCAUUACUCUUUGCCAAGAGUCAUUGGCAGCUCUGUCUUCACUUCACCCGGACAGGUAUU